AAGCAAACCCUUUAAUCUCAACCUUUGUUUGAAGCCUCUAUAAACCUGUUCUCUCACCAUCCUUUCCCUCUUUCUCGAAAGUUGUCCUGUCUUCUCCCUUGUCUCGACCAUUAUAAUCACCCGAAUCAUCGUAAUAAUUUGUUCUUUUUUUUUGGUAACAGUAACAAUAAUAACAAGUCCUUUGCCUCUACAUAACCGCCAUAAUCAUUUUCCUUUCACUCUGUCUUACUCUAAGAACCGCCAGUCACUACAGCUAUCGCCACCUACUAUCCCGUUGGAAAGAGCCUCCGGCGGUUACCUUAAAUACAUCAGUAAAGUUGCUGGGUACUGUUCUGCUUGCUUCUGUCUACUGUAAUACCUGUAAAUUUCAGUUGUUGAAAUCUGUUCAGCUGCUUCACUUUUUGCAAAGGCAUCUUAGAUUUAAUGUAUGGGCAAGUUUUCCAUAUAACUAGCCAGUUCUGAAGAGCAAACAAAAUGAAAACAAAACGAGGAGAUGAUAAUAUAGAUGGUGAGGAGGGUGUCACAAAGCGGCAGAGAGUGCUUGAACAAGACUCUCCUUCUGUAUCUCCUUCUCCACAAGUCAUUGACAACCCUCUUGUGCCUUAUAAUGAUGUGGAUGAUGAGGAAGAGGAUGAAAGGAGGGGACGUGAUAACUAUGAUAGAGCAGAUGAACCUAAACAAGGUGUAGCAGGGAAUGGCUAUGAUGGUCUAGAUGAUGACGAAGAUGAUGAUGAACAAUGGCCUGAUCAAGAGAACCGGAGGAACCCAAUUGAGCCUCGUGAAGACUGCCCUUACCUUGAUACUGUGAAUCGCCAGGUUUUGGAUUUUGAUUUUGAGAAAUUUUGUUCUGUCUCUUUGUCGAACCUGAAUGUAUAUGCCUGUUUGGUUUGUGGGAAAUAUUACCAAGGGAGAGGGAAAAAAUCCCAUGCAUACACUCAUAGCCUUGAAGCAGGACACCAUGUCUACAUCAAUCUUCAGACAGAAAAAGUUUACUGCCUUCCUGAUGGAUAUGAAAUUAUUGACCCAUCACUAGAUGAUAUACGACAUGUUCUGAACCCGAGGUUUACGAGGGAUCAAGUUGAACAACUUGACAAAAACAGGCAAUGGUCGAGAGCACUUGAUGGGUCGGAUUAUCUUCCUGGAAUGGUGGGCCUGAAUAACAUUAAAGAGACUGAUUUUGUCAACGUCACUAUUCAGUCUCUAAUGAGAGUUACACCCUUAAGGAAUUUCUUCCUUAUCCCGGAAAACUACCAGCAUUGCAGAUCUCCUCUUGUUCAUCGUUUUGGAGAACUCACACGGAAAAUAUGGCAUGCGAGGAACUUUAAAGGACAGGUGAGCCCACAUGAAUUUCUCCAGGCAAUUAUGAAAGCCAGCAAAAAACAAUUUCGUAUAGGAAAACAGUCUGAUCCUGUAGAGUUCAUGGCAUGGCUUCUUAAUAAACUACAUGCGGAUCUCAGAACUUCAAAGAAAAAUAACAGCAUAAUCUAUGAGUGCUUUCAGGGAGAGUUGGAGGUUGUGAAAGAGAUUCCGAGCAACGCUGUUGCGGAGAAGAAAGAAAAUGGUGAUGACUAUAGCAGCAUUCAAAAAACUGCUGAUGGUGGGACUGAGCACAAUGGUGUUGUCACAGAAACUUCUAGAAUGCCAUUCUUGAUGCUUGGGCUAGAUUUGCCACCACCGCCUCUGUUUAAAGAUGUGAUGGAAAAGAAUAUUAUACCUCAGGUUCCUCUGUUCAAUAUAUUGAAGAAAUUUGAUGGUGAGACAGUAACUGAAGUUGUGCGACCGCAUCCAGCCCGGAAGAAAUAUCGAGUUACCAGAUUGCCACGUUAUUUAAUACUCCACAUGCAGCGGUUUAAAAAGAACAACUUUUUUAUUGAGAAGAAUCCAACCUUAGUCAACUUUCCUGUGAAGAACUUGGAACUGAAGGAUUAUAUUCCUUUACCAAUGCCUAAAGAGAAUGAGAGAUUGCGCUCUAAGUAUGAUCUAAUUGCCAAUAUUGUUCAUGAUGGAAAGCCCAAGGAGGGGUUUUACAGAGUUUUUGUGCAGAGGAAGUCAGAAGAGCUAUGGUAUGAAAUGCAGGAUCUUCAUGUUUCUGAAACUCUUCCUCAAAUGGUUGCACUAUCCGAGGCAUAUGUGCAGAUAUACGAGCAGCAGCAGUAGCUUUAGACAAAAUCUAGUUGUUGAUGAAUGUUCAUUACGACAGAUUUUAACUUUUUUCCGAUGGCCGGGAAGACAAUGAUAUGCAGAUAUACUUGCGCUUUAUCGAAUGUUUUCUUUGGAAAAAAAAAAAAGAAUAUUAUGAUAUUAUUUCUUUUCAUGGCUAGAUACAAAAAGGGGUAGCUCUACCUGUUGUAACCCUCUCAACCCUAUGCCCCGCGGGAUUGGAAUGUGAGACCUGUCGAGAGUUAGAACUUGUGCCAUUUUUUACGUUCCCUUGGGAUGAAGAAUGUAGAAUUUAGUGUUCCUGUAAAGGGAUGGUAGAUUUUUGUAGUGGAAAGUAGAACUGUUGUUUUUCUGUUUGGCACGAGUGAGAGCGUCCUUGAUUGGAGUCUUAAAUUUAAUAUAUGGACAAUCUUUCUUUUGGAAUAUGCAAGAUACACUUGAAGCAUGUCAAUUGCUUGAAUGAGAUGAAAAAAAUUUUACAUGCA